CCCGGCCGCUCUUGAGUUGGGGAAGGAAUUAAGGAGGCUGUGCGUCCGGGUUGCACGAAGAGUCCAAGUCAUUUCUCAGAAACCUGGGAUAGGUGGGCCUUAGAGAAAACGCCACCGGGCACCGCGGGGACAAGGACUCGCGCCCUUCCCUGCCUGCUUGGGAGAGACACAACCUGGCACUGGUCGGGGUGAAGGAAAGGGAGAGGCUGUAAAUCAGCCAGGAGAGCCUCGAAGUCCUCCAGCGGCCCCGGUGAAAGGAGGCAACACCCAGCAGCAAGAGAUGGUGCCGGGGUUCGGCCCCGCCUAGCGGCAGCCACGGCCCCCCAAGGAAUGUGCCCCUAGCGCCAUGGACCGAGCCCGCGGUGCGGCCCUGCAGCUGCGCCCGCUCUCGCCCACGAGCGGCGCAGACCCCAGCAGCGAGGCCUCCUUCUCCUACAAGGAGAACCUGAUCGGCGCCCUUCUGGCCAUUUUCGGGCACCUUGUGGUCAGCAUCGCGCUCAACCUGCAGAAGUACUGCCACAUCCGCCUGGCAGGCUCCAAGGACCCCCGGGCCUACUUCAAGACCAAGACAUGGUGGCUAGGCCUGCUGCUGCUGCUGCUGGGUGAGCUGGGCGUGUUCGCCUCCUACGCCUUCGCCCCGCUGUCGCUGAUCGUGCCGCUCAGCGCUGUCUCCGUGAUUGCCAGCGCCAUCAUAGGCAUCAUAUUCAUCAAAGAAAAAUGGAAACCUAAAGACUUUCUGAGGCGCUAUGUCUUGUCCUUUGUUGGCUGUGGUUUGGCCAUCGUGGGCACCUACCUGCUGGUGACAUUCGCACCCAACAGUCACGAGAAGAUGACAGGCGAGAACAUCACCAGGCACCUCGUGAGCUGGCCCUUUCUCUUGUACAUGCUUGUGGAGAUCAUUCUGUUCUGCUUGCUGCUCUACUUCUACAAGGAGAGGAAUGCCAACAACAUCAUCGUCAUUCUGCUCCUGGUGGCCUUGCUCGGCUCAAUGACGGUGGUGACCGUGAAGGCCGUGGCUGGGAUGCUGGUCCUGUCCAUCCAGGGGAAUCUGCAGCUGGACUACCCCAUCUUCUACGUGAUGUUCGUGUGCAUGGUGGCCACCGCUGUCUACCAAGCCGCGUUUUUAAGUCAAGCCUCACAGAUGUACGACUCCUCUUUGAUUGCCAGCGUGGGCUACAUUCUGUCCACUACCAUUGCUAUCACAGCAGGCGCAGUAUUUUACCUGGACUUCAUCGGGGAGGACGCGCUACACAUCUGUAUGUUUGCACUGGGGUGCCUCAUUGCAUUCUUGGGUGUCUUCUUAAUCACCCGUAACAGGAAGAAGGCCAUUCCAUUUGAGCCCUACAUUUCCAUGGACGCCAUGCCAGGUAUGCAAAACAUGCAUGACAAGGGAAUGACGGUUCAGCCCGACCUCAAAGCUUCUUUUUCCUACGGGGCCCUGGAAAACAACGACAGCAUUUCUGAGAUCUGCGCUCCUGCCACGCUCCCGGUCAUGCAAGAAGAACACAGCUCCGGGGCUGCCUCCGGGGUCCCCUACCGAGUCCUGGAACAUACCAAGAAGGAAUGAGCCCACCUGGAAGGAGAGGCUCUCCUUCCCUCCUUGUAGAACUGCUCGAGCCCUGCCCAUAGCGGUU